UAGAAGGGGAGGGCAUGACGUCAAACUAAGGCGAGGUCAACAAGAAAGAAACAAAAAUGUCGGAACACUAAUUUAAAUAUUCAGCAAAUAUUUGGAAUAUUUAAGAUUAAAGAUUGAAUUUAUUUAUUUUAAAUCAUAAGGAAAUUAUUUGAGAAAAUAUGCCUAACGAGUCUGCUGGACAGGAUGUUCAACAAAGUCCUUUGGCAUUACUGGCCCAAACGUGCAGUAAAAUAGGAAACGAAGAUGGCAGUGGUCAACAAAAUGUUCAAGGUGUCAGAGUUCAAGUCGCAGGUCAGGCAGGAGAAGUUAUCGCCCCUUCGUGGGUACAGCUUCCUACAAUGGUAGACCCAACUAAACAAAACCAAAUGCAAGGAGCUAUUUCCUUAGCUGGUGGACAGAUUUUGCAGCAAGCACAAGGGGGUCUUCAGAUAGUCGCACAGCAAGGUCCUAAUGGUCAGAUUACCUACAAUGCUGUACCACAAUUUCAGACAGUGAGUAUGGAUGGACAGGGGGGUCAAGAUUCAACCACUCAAACUAAUCUGGCACAGCAACAGCAACAAGCUUUUCAGACCAUACCAAUAAUGACACCGUCCGGGCAGAUUAUUCGAGCCCAAGUGCCAACUGCUUCAGCAAUGCCUGCAAACAUGGCUUUCGCAAAUAUGGGUGGAGGAGGUAUGGUCAAUCUUGGCGGUAACGUUUUGAACUUGAGUAACCUAGGAAAUGUGCAGGCAAUAGGGGCAGUUCGGCCUGGUGGAAUAAUUCAGCCAUUACAGCUGCAGUCUAAUACCUUCCCACAAAUCCAGCAGUUCCCGAACUUUGUGCAAGUUCCGGUGUCGGCAAACGGGCAGACAACAUUCAUGCCGGUGCAGAUGCAGCAGUUUCAACAGCUGCAAGACUUGACGCAGGCUACAGCCAAUGCCAGCUCCGCUCAGACAGUGACGUCUGCCAGUGUUCAGCAGGCAACACAAAUGCCACAGCUUAUUGAGGUAAUGAAUCAAAGUUCAACGCCAAAAACACCUGCGAUGAUCAAAAAGGAGGCUCAGACAUCAAGUGCUACUUCAAACACGACACCCACAGCGACUUCUGGAACUGCUUCUUCCAUGUCAAUGUCCCAGUUACAAAAUAUGUCCAUGCAGGGUCAGACAAUAGCUGCUGCAGCGGCGGCUGCAAAUAUUAUUCCACAAAUGCAGUUUAUUCCAGUUGGAAAUGGAAGUUAUAUGCAGGCUGCGGUUUUUCCUUCACAGUCUAGUAUAAGUAACGGUCAAAAUAUAAUCACAGUUGCUUCAAUGCCGCAGAAUUCUAGUUCAGUGACAACAACAACAAAUGCCACGACGACCAUCUCAUCUCCACAACAAACCAAUUUAUCAAAUAUAAUAACUCCACAGAUGAUUCAAGGAAUUUCUGGACAAAAUUUUGGAAAUAUUCAAAUAGCCAAUCAAGGACAGGUUGUAGCUGCACCAAAUCAAAUAAUUAAUCUAGGUAAUGUGAAGAAUGGACAGUUUCCCUUGCAGGUUCAGAACAUGCAAGGCAUCCAACCUCUUCAGAACUUGCAAAGUUUUCAAAACAUUCAAGGAAUUCAAGGCAUUCAAAUGAUAAAUGGACAGCCUAUUCAAGGGCAGAUAAUUGGGACACCAUUGUCUGGAAUUCAAGGUCUAGGUACAUUGGCGUUAAACGCACAAGGUAAUUUCACAACACUAGGACCUGUAGGGACUCAAGGGAGCCCUCAACAACUAACCUCAAUAAAUGUUUUGGGACAGCAGGGAAUUCAAGGUGUUCAACAAAUACAAAACCUCGCUGGCACACAAAUUAUAACAGCACAAGGUCAACAAAUACCAAUCCAACAAGAUCCCAACGACCCUUCUAAAUGGCAGGUGGUUGCUACGGGAGCUUCACAGACGGCCACGCCCCUCAACAUUCCAAACCUCAUGUCCCCUAUAUCACAAGUGUCAAAUGACACGCCUGCAUCGGGUAAACGUUUACGACGUGUUGCAUGUACAUGUCCAAACUGUCAGAAUAAUGAAAACAAAGAUAAUAAAAAGAAGGUUCACAUUUGUCACAUGGAGGGUUGUAAUAAAGUAUAUGGUAAAACAUCGCACUUACGGGCACAUCUAAGGUGGCACACGGGUGAGAGACCAUUUGUAUGUAACUGGAUGUUUUGUGGUAAACGUUUUACAAGAUCUGAUGAAUUACAGAGACAUAAAAGGACACAUACAGGUGAGAAAAAGUUUGCAUGUGAAGAGUGUGGUAAGAAAUUUAUGCGAUCAGAUCACUUGUCUAAACAUAAACGCACACACAACAAGAAAAUGUUAGACUCUGACGGUCAUAUAGUUGGCGAUGAAGCUAAAUUCACAGUGGAAGAAGAUGAUGAUAUGGUACAUAUUAGUAUUGAAGGAAUGCCAUCAGCUGCUCUAGAAUUUGCUGGAGAUGAUAAUGAUGAUGAAGAUGAUGAUGAGGAAUCUGAAAGACAAGAACUUACUCUGGAAUUAGCCAAUCAGAAGAUGGAUUCAAACUGAUUGUUUUAAAACAGCUGUUCUCAUUGGUUAAAAAUAUAGGGGUGUGUUAGAAUCAAACAGAUUGUUUUAAAACAAGUGUUGUCAUUGGUUAAAAUUAACGGCAUACAUUUGAAUCAAUCUAAUAAGUUUGUAACAGCUGCCCUCAUUGGUUGAAAUUAUAAGGACUGAGUUUUGGGAGUAUCUAACUAAAAAGCUAGGGACAGAAUUUAACAGCAAUAUAGACUUUCAAGACUUUUGAUUUGUUUUUGAAUGAUAAAUGUUGCUGUUUGAAGAAUUUCUGGAAAAAAGAUGAUCAUGAAUUAAGGAAGAAUGUGAUUGGUAGGAGAAAGCAUCACAUGCUUGAUGGGUUGAAACAUUUUACUCUCUACAUACAUAAUGUAAUAUGUAAAUGAGAAAAGAAUCAGGAGGCAAGGUUAAAGAUGAUUGGUUUAAAGUAUCUUGUGUGUUAGGACAGCAGACCAAUCAGAAAUCAUUUUAUGUAUUUGAAAUUGAUCGUGAACAUGACAUUAAUAGAAAGUGCAAUAAAUUGUGUUUUACUUACAAUACAAUCUUGAUCUAUCUAAUUUAUACCAUUUAACUAUUUGUUCUGAAUAUGUGUUUAUGUCAGAUUUUAAUUAGUUUUAAAUUGUUAGCAGAAAUGCAAUUUUUCAUGUACAAUGUUUUUUUUUAAUUGAAGUUUAAUGUCUAAAGGCUGAAGAUAUUUUAUGUCAAUUAAUCAAUAAUUAAAUUUGGAAGGGGUAAACUACAAUUAACUUGAAUGUAUUGAAAUUUGUGAUUGAUAAUUCUAAAAUACCUGGGCUUAGGUGUGAUAAAACUUUUUUUUUUCUAAGAUGUGUCACAGAUCUCUGAAUUUUCAUUGGUCAGUGCACAUUCUGUACUGGUAAUUGGACCAAUCAAAUACCUGAGAUCUGAGUUUGAGCUUAGAAAAUUUCUUGGACCCUGAUCUAAUACUGAAUAUAUUUGAUAUUCAAUUAAUGUCUCAUUUUGUUUUAUAAGUCAAUAAGCUAUAAUUAUAAUUUGUCUAAUCCAAGUUACUGAUUCAUAAGCCAUAUUUAGAGGUACCAAUAAAACAUUGUUAACUCUAAAUUCUAUUUCUUAAAAAUUAUUUCAGAGUUUUUGAUGAACCGUCAGUUAAAUGAUAUUAAUUUACAUGCAGUUUACAGGUUGUUUCUUACCUGUGUUGAGAGUUGGGGCUUGAACCCAUAAUCCUUACCUAAGGGUAGACAUUUAAACCCGUAGACCUAUGCUCUUCAUAUUGACUUCUUCAUAUGUAUCAUAUAUUAAUGAAUAUUCAAAUUGUUUUGAUGCACAAAUUUGCUUGAAAAUGACCACAUUCCUAGACUAAUUAUAAAUUUUAAUAGUGAAUACAUUUUGUUUUUCACACUUCAAAGUUUACCCUGGUGUGAAAAAUUUCUGAUUGCUAUACUUCUGUGGUUUUCCGAUUUCUUAUAAAAUUUGAUCAAAAUAACGUUACAUGGACAAGAAAUUUUGCAUCGUUGCUACCCACGGUAUAUAGUACGUAACCCACCGUGUAUAUAGUACGUUACUCACGGUAUAUAGUAGGUUACCCACCGUGUAUAUAGUAGGUACAUUCUACAUUAUCUAGAUGAUGCUGUAUGUAUGUAAUAUAUACCGUGGGUAAUCGAUGAUGGAAAUCAUGUAUCCAGAUUAUAAAUACUGAAGCCAGAUAAAUAACAUUUUUAGCAAAUCACUAAAAUGUCAGAUGAUCCCUGCUUGAAAAAAAAAUGAUUGUGAACAAUUAAUGAUUUGCCAGAAUUUCAACAUAAUUCAUAAUGUUAUUUUCUUUCUCAUACAUUAUUUUGAACAAAUAAAACUAUCAAUUCCUGACAUCUGGAAAGAUGGUUCCAGGCUUAUAUUGAACAGCAUGAAAAUAAUGGGAGAAGUGGUCUAAUGUUUCUUGUGUCUGUCUCUCUACCUAGGGGUCGCAGGGGUCACAACAAUAUGUCCUAUUACGGCACUAGAAGUGGUUAGUUCCAUGAAACUUACCUGAAAGUAGUUCAGAUUAGCUAGAACAGCAAUAAUACAAUUGAGCCACGUCAUGACAAAACCAACAUAAUGCGUUUGCGACCAGCAUGGAUCCUGACCAGCCUGCGCUUCCGCGCAGUCUGAUCAGGAUCCAUGCUGUUCGCUAUCAGUUUCUCUAUUUGUAAUAGAGUUUGUAAGCGAACAGCAUGGAUCCUGAUCGGAUGCGCAGGUUGGUCUGGAUUCAUGCUGGUCGCAAACACAUUACGUUGGUUUUGUUAUGACGCGGCUCAAUUCAUUUAACCAUGACUAAAGGCUUGAGUACAUAUUACAUGUAUUGUUAUAUGUUUGAAAAAAAAAAAAUAAGACAAAUAAUUUGAAACUGAUCUCUAAUUGUUGAAAAUAAAAAAAAUAAUAAAAAAUGAUAAUUUAAACUCUA